GGCUUUCCCUCCCCUUCCUUCCUAUUCGUCGCUGCUCCCCCUUCCCAGAACCCUGCCGCCUCGGUGAAACCCCGCCUUCACCGCCGCCGCAAGAACCCACGGCGAGGACCUCCGACGACCAUGGCCACCUCCGUGCCGGUGGAGCCAUCGCUGGCGCUGCCGAAGCAUCGCGGCCGGCCGCGGAAGAAUCCUGUGGCGGCGGCGGUUGAGGCGCCGAAUAGUCCGGUGUCUCCGCUGGCGGUAGCGGCGGAGGCGGAAGGGUACGAGCGGGAGAGGGACGCGAGGAUCCGGGAGAACAUGGAGCGGAUGCAGAAGCUGGGCAUCCUCGGCCUCGCGCAGAACCUCAGCCAGUCCGUCGCCGCCUCGGGUGAGGGUGGCAGCGGGCGGUGGCGGCGGAAGCCCGUGGAGCCGGGGUCCGUCGGCGCGCCCAGGGCGAAGCCCGUCUCUCCGUCUCCCGCGCGCCGGUCCCUCAGGUUGAAGAGCCUGGAACCAGUUAGCUAUUCUGAAAUUCGCACACAAAAGGAGAAGGAUUCUGAAGGUGCUAAAUCUGCGUUCAUGGAGGAAGGAUCCAAGGAAGAAGUCUAUACUGAAGAGCAUGAGAAGCUUUUAGGCACAUGCCACACUGCAUGGACUCUCUUUGUGGAUGGCUAUGGCAAAGACGGUAAGCGCAUCUAUGAUCAAGUGAGGGGCCAAACCUGUCAUCAGUGCCGACAGAAAACUCUUGGUCAUCAUACAAGCUGCUGUAAAUGCCAGAUUGUCCAAGGACAGUUCUGUGGAGAUUGUUUGUACAUGAGGUAUGGUGAGAAUGUGCUAGAAGCUAAGAAGAAUCCAAACUGGAUAUGUCCAGUUUGCCGUGGCAUUUGUAAUUGCAGUAUAUGCAGAACUAAGAAAGGAUGGUAUCCAACUGGUUGUGCGUAUAGGAAGGUGGUCAGCCUUGGGUACAAAUCUGUGGCACACUAUCUAAUCGCAACAAAGCGAUCAUCAGCUAACUCAGAGGAUUCAAGCUCAGCUGACUCCUCAGACAAACUGCCAUCUACCAAAUCAGAAACCUCAUGCAUUUCUGAACAUGAUGAUGCUCCUGUUGCCAAGAAGGAAAUAGAGAAUGCAGAAACGAGCAGCGAAGUUAAGCAGAAGAAGAAGAAUUCUGAUGGCCACAACAAGGACGAUAGCAAAAGUGAGUCUGUGGUGACAUCUGAUUCUCAGGAUGCUCAGGCCAAUAGGGAUGCUGGGUGUGCCACUCCAUCUAAGCCAGCGCCAAGGAAGAGGAAGUAUGUUGAACGAAGCCCUGGCUGUGUUGCAAGCAUGCUGCGGUCCCGGUCCAAGAAGCCAUGAACACUUGAUCUUAUGAGCAUGACCUUUCUUUUGCUGCCUGACUUGCUGUGUCAUUUCCUUUUGUGACGACGAACAGACUUGUUAGCCUUGUGUAGCAGUUCAUGGUGCAUUCUGCGUUCGUUCGUCCUUCAGCAGCAGUAGGUUGAUUGUGGUGGCAGUAUUUUGUAAAGCUGUAUUACAGCUUCAAACUAUAUUCACUGCCAAGUGAUGAAAUGGGACGUGUUGUGGCAUCUAGUGUGUAGCAGUAAAUGGUGCAUUCUGCGUUCGGUCGUCCUUUAGCAGCAGUAGGUUAAUUGUGGUGGCUUGCAAAGCUGUAAUACAGCUUCAAACCUACUGCCAAGUGAUGCAUUGGGACGUGUUUGUGGCAUCUAGUGUCAGUAGGUGAUAUUGGUUCUAGGUUAACUCUGAUGUUAGGUGAAUGUUCUAUUAAUCGGAAUAGCCUUCAGCUUAAUGUUUAAUUCGUGCCGUGUGAGUGUAAAUAUUCAGGUGAUAUGCAUGUCAGGUGGUGACCAGGCAGGCAAGGUGCAUGUUUAGAAAUCUCUUUGGAUUCU